AUUCCUCUCGUCUCACAUUAACCUGCCUCUUUUUUCCCCAUGCAGUUCCCGUCCUUCAUCCAUUCCCAGAAGCGCAAUCCCCAGACCCACAUGAAAGACCCCGACAUGGUGUGGGACUUCUGGAGCCUGAGGCCUGAGAGUCUGCAUCAGGUGUCUUUCUUGUUCAGCGACCGAGGUUUGCCUGAUGGUUUCCGUCAUAUGAACGGCUACGGCUCACACACUUUCAAAAUGGUCAAUACCCAAGGAGAGCCUUUCUACUGCAAGUUCCACUUCAAGACUGAUCAAGGAAUAAAGAACAUGUCAGGGGAGGAGGCAGAGCGCCUAGCUGCCAGCAACCCAGAUUAUGCCAUUGGAGAUCUUUACAACGCCAUUGCUAAUGGAAACUUCCCAUCCUGGACCUUCUUCAUCCAGAUCAUGACCUUCGAGCAGGCGGAGACCUUCCAGUUCAACCCCUUCGAUCUCACCAAGGUACCACAUCCCUCCACAGCAGAACGACCACAUGUGUUAGGUUUGAGACAAGCAGUUAUUAAAAGCUUCAGAUGGAGUCACUUUAAAACCUCUUGUAGGAUACUUAAAUGUUCUUUUUAAUUAAUCUGUUGACAU